UAUUUAUCAAAUAAAAAACUUUUAUUUUCUGUAGAAAAAUGAAGCUAGAGUGUCACAGAUUCAUCGUCAUCAAAGAUCUCGGAGCAGAAGAGGUUGAGAGCUGUUUCUUGUGAAGGAUUGCUCAUAGAGACCAUCAGGUUCCCACACAGCAGAAGUCUGUUGGAGCGUCUUUACUUUGCAGCAUGAACACACCAAGCAAGACUGGAGCUUCAGUUCAGAUGUGGGAUCGCCCUGCGCGUCUUUUCCUGCGCAAUCUAAAUAUAAAUCGGUGACAAAUGAGUCCGAAUAGUCUCCAGCAGUCCAACUGUGGUGUGGGGGAGGUGCUGAAAGAACAGCUCCUUCUCCACAAGUUGGAUCUGGAGCCGUCGGGAGAGCGCGCGCUCCGCCGCAGCUCCUCACCAUGAAGCGGCAGAACGCCCGGACUCUCGCCCUCAUCGUCAGCAUCCUCACCUACCUGGUGGUCGGCGCGGCCGUCUUCGAGACUCUGGAGUCCAAACAGGAGAGGAGUCACCGCAGGAAGCUGGAGGCGAGGAAGUACGAACUUCUGCGCAGGUACAACCUGACCAGAACCAACUUCGAGGAGCUGGAGCUCGUGGUUCUGCAGCUCAAGCCGCACAAAGCCGGAGUCCAGUGGAAGUUCGCCGGAUCCUUCUACUUCGCCAUCACUGUGAUCACGACCAUAGGUUACGGCCACGCGGCGCCCAGCACAGACUCGGGGAAGGUGUUCUGCAUGUUCUAUGCCCUGCUGGGGAUCCCGCUCACCCUGGUCAUGUUCCAGAGCCUGGGGGAGCGCAUCAACACGAUGGUCAGGUACCUACUGCACCAAAGCAAGAAGGGGCUGGGGCUGCGGCAGACCCAGGUGUCCAUGGCCAACAUGGUGACGGUGGGCUUCUUCUCCUGCCUGAGCACGCUGUGUGUGGGCGCCGCGGCCUUCUCGCACUGCGAGGGAUGGAGCUUCCUCCACGCCUUCUACUACUGCUUCAUCACGCUCACCACCAUCGGGUUUGGAGAUUACGUGGCGCUGCAGAGGGACGACGCCCUGCAGAACGACCCUCGCUAUGUCGCUUUCUGCUUCAUCUACAUCCUCAUGGGCCUGACGGUGAUCGGAGCCUUCCUGAACCUGGUCGUGCUCCGCUUCCUGACCAUGAACGCCGAGGACGAGCGGCGGGACGCCAGGGAGAAGGCUUUGGUGUCAGUCAACAAGCCCAGAGGGGAGGUGGCUUGUCUCCUCCCCAUCUCGGCCGCCUCCACACCUGUAGCAGACCAAGCCUCCAGGGCGAAAGAUUCUAAAGGUGCUUACACCGAGGUGCUGCAUUUCCAAACUAUCUGCUCCUGCUUGUGGUACAGGAGCACGGAGAAGCUCCAGGGCUCUGCUGCGUACCCUCAAGAGCUGGCGUUCUCGGACCCCUACCUGCAGAGGAGCAGUCCUCACCCCGUGGAGCCUGGAUCCACUGGCUGCGUCUGCAGUCCGCGUCAGUGCACCAGCAUUCGCUCCAUCACCACAGGCCUGCAGCUGCUCUCUCCGUUCAGGGUGUUCAGGAGGCGCAGCUCCGUGUAGCUCUGCAGAACAGCAGCUCUGUGCUCCUCCUUUGGAGGACUUUGGGGUGAACUGAUGAUUGUGGUGCUAUGACCCCCUUACCUCCACCAGAGAUCCAGUGUUUAUGUUCUUUGAUUUAUAGUAACUUUUCAACCGUUAACACGAUCAACGUCAUUCCAGUAGAUGCUUUUCUCCUUCAGAAUCUACUGGAAUUACGUUGAUCUUGUUAAAGAUUUUGUGUUUAAGUGUCACGGGCGACACCUCAGUUGUUAAAGGGUAAAAUGUUGGAGGGAUUUCUUUAAGGUUUCCUUUACAAUAAAGUCCUUCACAACUGAGGUGCAUAUGAGCAGAUGACUGCAGGUCAGUCCAAACCCUAUUGACUGUAUUUGAGAAUUGGACUGAGUGACCCCUCCCCCCCCUGACAUUCCAAACAGGAAGUACGUGCUCGUUCCAAGAAGCCAAAAUCCCAUAGACUUCUAUAAAGAAAUACUUUAUAUUCACCAGAAUAACUAUUCUGGUUCUGAAACCAUACUUUAAAAUGUCAUUGAUAAUGCUUAUUUGUUAUAAUAUACUUGCCUUUAUGGGAAGUUAUUUAAAUUAUAAACUGACCAAUCAGAUGCCUCAUUAAAACCAACACAUUCUUAUUCCCUAGUCGUCACUUAUUGACGUUUGGUUAAGGACUCCUACAAGUCACUUUUUGAUGUUUUGAGUGUCCCCAACUCGUCGUUUUUUGAUGUGUUGGCUGUUUGUAAGGGUUCGCAACUGUCGGGGCGUGGUACCGGAUGCAAUACCGAAUGCACACUGGUCCUUGUACCUGGUACCCUAACCCAGUGCUGGUACCCUAACCAUAACCCGGUACUGGUUCGCAUCCAGUAUAGCCUCCGGUUCGUGCCCAGUACCGCAUCUGGUACUGGUUUGGGUCUGUUACCGCAUCUGGUACUUGUUUAGGUCAGGUAAUGCAUCUGGUACUUGUUUGGGUCCGGUACCACAUCUGGUACUGAUUUGGGUCCGGUAUCGCAUUUGUUCCAGUGUCGGGUUAGGGUUAGGGUACAGGGGGGCCGCUAGGGAUCUUGGGCCCCAUGAAAAUCAGUUUAUAUGGCCCCUAACACAGCAGCAAAUUUGUAUCAGGGGGCCUUGUGGGACCCCCUUCGUCUGGGCCCCUAGAAUCAGCCACAUUUACCCCCUCCCCCCCUUUUGGCACCCCAGGGUACUAGUGCAUUACGGGUUGCAGUGCUGGACUGGUUCUGGUUCGUGGCCUGGAGGUUGGGGAUCAGAUUGGAACAGCCAGUACGUUGAAAAACGAUGACUUUGAGACACCCAAGACGUGACCCGGAGUGAUCCUCAACCAAGCGUCAAUAUGUGACAAGUUAGGAGUGAGAAUGUGUUGAAAAAUCACGUCAACAUUUGAAAUGUUGGAUUGACUGAUUCUCGAGAGCCCUCUUUCCGUGGGAGGGCUUCCAACAAGCUUACUCCUGAUUGGCCCAAGUGGUUGCAUAGAACGUUGAUUGAGACCGACUCGGACCAAUCACUGCUUAUUAAUCAUCUGGCUCCAACAUGGCGGUAUCCAUAUCUUAAAAAAAGAAAAAGGAAACAGAAUUGACUUUACUUCUUUGGAGCUGGAAGUAAGUCAUUUUCCAUACAUGAUGUCACACUCACUCUGUCCAGUGUUCAUUUACAGUCAAUGCCAAACCCCCACACCCCUGUCAUCUACAGAUGGAAACUCUUUUACAGGCUUCAUGUAUGCAGCAGCGACUGAGCCUUCCAGCUGCUCUUCAGUUUUACUUCAGAGGUCAGGAGGUUACUUUCAAAUGAGAAUCUGGUUCUUCAGCGCUUACAGCAUCCCGUGCAUCAUUAUUACAGUCAAAUUUGACUCAAAUAUUUGUAAAAAGGAUUCACUUUGUUUAGAUGAAACAUGUUCGGCUCCUAUAACAAAUCUGGACAUGAUCUCUGGAUGUGUGGACAGAAUCUGUCAGAUCUUUGGUCAGAAACAGCUUUGAAGGGUUGAAAUGAGUUUAUCACUGUAGCAAAUCACUGAAGGUAAUCCAAGCAAAGUUUAGUCUUCUGUUCAUGUCUUGAAAGGCUCGUGUCUUCCUGUCAUCUAGUCUUCAUGUCAAUGGGUCUUUUUCAAUUCAUGUGUUCAUGUCUUCUGACCCAUAUGUGUGUGUUUUUGUCUUUAUAUCUUUGUGUCCUCAUGUCCCCUGAAGAUCAAAUCCCACUAAUAAAUCACUCAAUGCAGAAACGUAUAAAAGAUCACAACAACAGUUAAUAAAAAGAAACAUUUUGGAAAACAAUGGUUAUUUUAGGAAAUUAAAAAAAAUGAAGCAGUAGAAGAAAUCAGAAGAGGUAGGUACUGUCACUGAUUGGAUGAUGAUGUUUGUUCAUCAUUUCAUUCUCAAGUUAUUUAAUAUGAAACAAUACUGAAUAUUUCUCCAUACUAAUACUUUAUAGAUCCAUUUGAAAAAACUCAAACGUCAUCAUCCAAUCAGCGAUGUUGUUUCUUUUAUUUGUUUUUUUUUGUUGUUCUUGUUUGAAAAAAAAAUAGUACCGACCUUUACCAAUUUCCUACUGUUACUUAUUUUCAAAACAUUGGAUUUUGAUUUCUCGAAAUUACUUUUCUGAAACUGUAAUUGUGUUUUCACCUCUAAAAUGUAAUGUUUUUCACUAUUUGCUUUUUUUUUUUUUGAAUUGUUGUUGUGAUCUUUGAUUUGAGUGAUUUGAUGUUUUUUUAUCCUCAUGUCUUCACAUCUGUGUACGUUUUUAUCUUCAUAACCCUUUUGUCUUCAGGCUGUCUUAUCUAUAAGGGAGUCUGUUCCACAGAGGAGACAUCAAAACCAAAAAAGUGAAUCCACUCCAAAGGUUUCUAAUCCCAGGAACCGUUAAAACCCAAACGUGAAGCAGAACUCAUAACAAUCUGAUAAAGGCUUUAAGGACCAGGUAAGAGAUCCUGGACUAGAUGGAGCCUUAUGGGUCUGUCAUGAGGAGGUCAAAGGUGAUUAAAACUGCAUUCAGACUGUGUGAAACGUGACCAAAAGGUUUUGGUUCCACAGCUGCAGAACCAACUGCUGUGGAGGUCAGAGGACCUGCUGACGACUUCUCUUUCCCCUGAAUGUCCUCCUGAUAAACAAAUCCUCAUGCCAACAGACGCUCUUCCCCUCGAACCGUUCAGAACAGCCCUGAUUUGAUAUUUUGGCUCAAAUCAAAACUCUUUUUCAGCUUCCUUCCCUCUGGACAGAACCGGGCGACCCAAUUCUUCACGCUUCCAGUCCUGAUAGGCUGGUUCUGGCGUGACGUUUGGAGCACAUGGAGGCCACAGUGGGACCCCCACCCGCUCACUCCACUUUCACCCUCAGAGAGGGACACUGAAUACUCUGUUGUGAUCAGAGGUGGUGCUUCAACACAGACGAGCGCGCAAACACAUCUGGAUCGAAGCUUUUUUAGGGACAGUCUGGAACAGGAAGUGAGGUCGGCCGUCAUUCAUGAGCAAUAACAUCACAAUAGGAUGGUGGCGAUGGAGCGCUCCCUCUCCUGGUUCCUCUGAGAUUAUCUGUUCAUUUCCAGCACAAAGUGUUGACCUCAUGAGCUGCAACUCCUACAGCCAGUCUGUUGGUUUUUAAGUCAGAGUCAGGCAGAGGACCACCUACUCGUUGACUCAUUUUACAGCCCAACAAUUAGCCAGAACCAAGCCGGACCGACACCAACAGCUUCUGCACCAGAACCAGCAAAGCUCCUUCGUGUUGUUGAUUCAUCUGAAGCGAAAAGCUGCUGUGUCUGCAGGAAUUCACAACCAGCAGCCCUGAAACCCCAAAAGCAUUGAUGGGGUUUGCACUGUAGCUCCUUGAAUACGGUGGAGCAACAGCUUCACCUGUACUUCUGGAACAGCUGAUGUAAAAGAGGAGGUCAUCACAUAAAAAAGGAGAAAGACCUGAACUCGUCUUUUCUGCAGCAAUGAUGUCAGAUAAUGUUUGAUUUGGAUAAAGAGUCCAAUAAAGGAAGUUCUCCGUUUC